AGAGUUCCAUAUCAUUUUAGAUUAACUAAUGUCAGGGUCUAAGACCUUUGUUUACCUAUCACUUUAUCACCUGGUGUCAUUUAUCAUUUGCUCUCAGGGCCCUUCAGUGUAAUAGAUAGAUAAAUAACAGACAGAGGCUGCCGACAAGUCACUCACCUUCCAGAGCAGGAAAAAGAAAGGAAACUACCUGAAAGGGCACUUGUCUGUUAACCUAUCACAUAUGACUGUUCUUUGUUUCCUCAGUCUCUAUUAACACCACAACAAGGAGUGAAAAUGUUUAAGAUAAUUGCAGUUACCCUGGCAAUCACUGCCAUCACAGGUUCCUGUGCAGAAGUUAACACUCAACAGCUAACUGAUAAUGUCUGGGAUUACUUUACAAAAUGGGUCACUCAAGCCAAGGACACUAUUGACGAACUCCGGAAGACAAACCUCAGUGACCAGGUCAACAACUGGAUCAAGGAUAAUUUACAGAAUGCAAAUGACUAUGCUGCGAAUGUCCAGAAAACUCUGAUCCCUGUUGCUACACAGCUACACCAGAGAUUCACCAAUGAUGCUGAGAAACUGAAAGAAAAAGUACAUAAAGACUUAGAAGAACUCAGGAUAAAGCUUUUGCCCUAUGCUGGUGAGGUUAACGAGCAUAUAAACAAAAGUAUUGAAACAUUACGUCAGCAGCUUACUCCAUACGCUGAGCAGUUCCAGGACCAGAUUACUCAGAAUGCCAAGGAGCUUCAAAAGCAGUUGACUCCUUAUGUUGAUGACCUUAAAGCCAAACUACAGGACAAUGUGGACAACCUUCAAGUUGCCACGAUUCCUUAUGCUACAGAAUUCAAUGAACAAAUCAACAAGAGCCUUGAGGGAAUCAAGGAGAAACUGAAUCCCUUUGUUGAUGAUCUGAAAACCAAAGUAAAUAAGAAUGUUGAAGACCUUCGUCAAAGUCUGUCUCCAUAUACGACAGAUGUGCAGGAAAAGCUAAACCAACAAAUUGAUGACUUGUACCAAAAAAUGAUGACAAAUGUCGAAGAGCUUCACAAAAAUGUCUCAGAAAAUGUUGAAGAGAUGAAGGAAAAAAUGUUCUUAUAUGCUAAGGAACUGCAACAGAAAAUAAGUGAAAAUUCAGGGGACAUUCACCAGUCCAUAAGACCCUAUUCAGAUGAUCUCCACAGCAAGAUUAAUCAGACCAUUGAAGAUUUCCAGCAGAACAUGUCUCCCUAUGUUGAUAGUGUCAACAAAAAGAUCAUACAGAAUGUUGAAGAACUAAAACAGAAACUAGGUCCCUAUACUGGCAGCCUUGAAAGUGACAUGCAGUCCAUAGAGAAAGAACUGCAGAGCAAAUUGAACUCUGUGAUAGAUGUCAUACGCCAGAAUGUCAACUAAAGAAAAAUUGCUAAGACACCCUCCUGACAUACUUCUGUCUUUUGUAAAUGUCCUUUUUUUGUAAUGUUAUUACAUGAAAUAGUGUAUGCCACUGCAUUUCUAGAGUCUAAAGCAGACGUUACUAAUAUCCCAGGCCAAUAAUCAUAUUAUGGUCAUAUACAUAAAGUUCAGCCACUUCAGAAAUAAAUAACUUACUUAACAGAUGACUGCUUUGUCAUCUAGAGUAAGACACAUUUCUGCAAAAAUUUAUGAGCAAGGGAUCAAAAGGAAAAACUCAAACUGCAAAUUCAUUUAUAAAACUGAUUAAACUUUCUUUUGCCUCUAGUGUACUAAAGUUAACUUCUUGCAAUCUGUUGAACUAGCAAAUAGUUCUUUUAAAUUUCUGUAAAAACAAUCAUCCACAAUUAAAACCACAAUGGAUAGUAAAAACUCAAGCUAAUAUCUUAAUCUUUGUAUAUUGCAUGUUGUAUUGACCAUCUUAAUUUGCCUAGUGUGUUUUAUCCUGGUUACAUAUAAUGCUAUUCAUACAAACAUAAAACAUAUUCAUUAAGUUACACUGUCAUCAGUGAUAAGAAAAUAACAUGUAAUGAAAACUUACUAUAUGUGAGUUGGAAGUCUUAUCAGUGUUUGAGAUCCAGUUUAUUUGGAAACUAUAUCAAUUAUCCAGGGGAAAUCAUCUAAAGAAAGAUAAUAGAUUCAUUAGUUCAUUUAUAGUUAUUAGGCAUGUGGUCCAGGAGUCCACUGAUUACCCUAGGUCCAAUUGCCCCAGAGCACUGCCUGGUUAAGUGACUUGCUCAGAGGCACAUAGUAAGUAAAUGGUGGCUAAAGGAAUCAAUCCCUAAACUACAGCGUUAGUCCACUGCGCUAACUGCCAUAAAAAUGCAUCACUGGACUUCAUAGUCCAGGUCCAUGCUCAGCAGGCACAGAUCAAAAGGGGUCAUUAUAAGAGUUAAAUCUAAGGUCAUAAUCUAUACAACUUGGUUUAUCUGGCAGGUGUAUAGGUGCUACAGGAAUAUAUUAUGUUUCUGGAAGCAGAAGAAAGCUUCUGUCUGCAAUCCUGUAUGCAUCUUUAUGAGACCCAAUCUACAAUUUUGAAAAUAAUUGUUCAGCACUCACCUAUUAAGAAAAAAUACCUGUUUUUUACCAUUAUUUUGUAUCUGAGGAAUCAACAAAAUGAUUCACAGAAAAAGGCUGUAUGAAGAAUAGAUUGUGGAACCAUAUAUAUAAAUGUUCAUUUAUAUAUCUUUCUAAAGAAAAUGUAUGACACUGAAGACUACAAAUAGCAGCAAGUCAAAAAAUGAAGAGCAGUGCUUAUGGCAGGAAAUUAAACAGGUUUCUGGUUAGUUUGUCAGGCAACAAUGUGGGGAAUGAAACUUGUAUGCACUAAUUUAUGCUGACAAAAAGUUAAUUACAAGCAAUGAAGAAAACACAAGUGUAAACAGUCGCAACAGUAACAAUGAACAGAUGACUGAGGUAGGAACUGUAAAUGAAUGUGCAGCAUUUUCAAAAUAUUUUCUCAGCUGUGCUUAUUCUGGAUUUAAUUCCAGUUUUUAGGAGAGCACAUGUUAGAUUAGAAGGCAAAUAUAUUUAAAAUGGAAUUACAUCUGGUUGAAAUAAGUCAAGACCUGUAAAUUUAAGUUAUUCAGGAUUUGUUUGAGUAUAUAAAGAAGUUGUGAUGAGAAACUGCUUUCUAACUUUUAUUUUUUUUAAUUUUGUUUUGCAUUCAUAACUUUAAUCACAAUUCUUCCGAUUCUUAUUUUUCUUUCAAUUCAGUUUUCAUGCUUAUUUUUUUUUAUUUUAAAGACUUUAUGAUCCAAUUGGCUGCAGCAUUUUUGGCAUUUGCUUGUUUUGUUUAACUUAUGUUUGCUGUUGUUAAUUUUAAUUGUGAUUUCUAUUAUAACAUGCCUAUUCUUGUAAGUAUAUAAUAAAGAUUGACUGAAACUCUUUA